AUCCCUCUCUGGCCUCCAAAACACUAGUACCAAUUUUGAGUUGCUAUUGCAAUAAUACCCUUUAGUUUUUUCUCACCUAUGGCUACCUCAAUUUUAAGGUCUAAUAAAGUAGUUCAUUCAUUAGGGUUGCUGUGUGUGCUACUCUUGGUGCAUGAGGGUGCUGCCUAUGAUUUUAUAGUUGGAGGCCAAAAGGGUUGGAGUGUUCCAAGUGAUUCCAAUUUCAAUCCUUUCAAUUCAUGGGCAGAAAAGAGCCGUUUUCAAAUUGGAGACUCUCUAGUGUUCAACUACCAAUCUGGGCAAGACUCAGUGCUGCAGGUGAAGAGCGAAGACUAUGCAAGCUGCAACACAAACUCACCAUAUGCAAAAUUUUCAGACGGGCACACAGUGUUUAAGCUCACCCAAUCAGGCCCAUACUUCUUCAUUAGCGGCAACAAAGAUAACUGCCUCAAGAACGAGAAGCUAACCGUCAUUGUCAUGGCCGACAGAACCAACCGCACCUCCUCCACAGCAAGUCCCACUUCUUCGCCACCUUCGCCGCAGCCGCCAUCAGCGCCUUCACCGGCCCCGACCGGCCAAGAAGGGCAGUCUUCUCCUCCACCUGCAGGAACUGUGGAAACAAAUCCAACACCCGCACCGUCCAGUGAAGGACAUCAUCCUCCUAAUGCUGCCGCCUCCGCCUUCGUCAACUUUGCUGCUUCGCUUGUAGCAAUAUCCAUGGCUUCUUCAGCUCUCAUGUUUUCUCUCUAGUAAACUCAAGUAUAUAUGUUUGUUGUGGGUGCUUAUUAUUCAUAUACUUUUAAAUUUUUUUAAAGAAGACAAUAUUUAUUUUUAAUUUAUUUUGUUCUUUCUUUUUUAUUUUCUUCUAUACUUUUGAUUUCGCCGGUAUUGUUUGUACUGGGUCUUCAGUUUGGUGUUUGUUUGUGAAUGAUGAAGAUUGAGAAUAAGCUGACAAGAAUGUACCUUUUGUGUGUUUCUAACCAGAUUAUUAUGUAAAAAUAUUGUACAUGUUGAAAAUGAUUGGAAUAAAACCAUUUUUUAUGUGAUUAAAAGAAA